CGAUAGCUCCGACUCUCAGCCCAAGAUUAUGGCAACAGCCUCUGGGGGUCGCGCAUCUAUCGUGACGGCCAGCAGUUCAUCGUUUGGGCAGUUUCGGCUCACCCAAUUCGUGGAUAACGCGCCGCCUCCAAACGCGGCCACCGAUGCCCAGCACACGCCGCUGGGGAUAUUGAACGAAAACGAAAACGCAAACCUCGAUCCAAACCCGAUGGCACAAGCUUCCCGCCCCUCGUCGGGCCAAACCAUAGACCGCCCGCCAUCUGCUGCUCCCUCGAGACCACCGCCACAGAACAAUAGCCAGGCCAGUGCGUCGCCGGCCGGGUUUGGCACAGUCGAGCUCGCAGAGCUGACGGCCAACCCGUUAGUUGAGGGCAUAUUGGGCCCAAAUAAAGACGGGAGAGUGAGGAAUCCUGUCCCCAGCAAAUUAAAGGGCAAGACGGACAACAAGCAAGGCAAUUUUGGCGUCAUGCAUAUGGGCAUGAGUCCAGGGAAGAAGAACGACGUCCCAGGCAGAGAUGCUGCCGCUGAGCGCGAUGCAGCUGCGAGGAGGACGAGUGAGAAUACUGCAUUACGAGCCAAGGCUGCGCAGCAGGAGAAGUACGUCCCCCCAAAGCGGAGGGGACUCGGAGCGGGUGUGAAUGAGGGACACCCCGCCGCCAGUCGCGCAUCCCCUUUUGCUGGUCCCAGGGAAGAUUACAAGCAACGUGCAAGACCCUUGGCUCCAGAUGAGACAAAGUUCGAACAAGCACGCCUCUUGACAUUGCUAAGAAGCAUCAACCCCGUUACGGUCGUUGACCAGAUCUGCAAAGCAGUCGCCUACUUUGGUGGAAUCCCAGGUGCCCCUCCUCCUGAGGAUGGCAUAUUUCCAGAAAGUGCAAACACAAGAGAGACAGGUGCAUUAUUCAUCGGCUGGCUAGCAGAAAUAUUUCCUGACCUUUCCAGCCCUGGCCCCCCCGGAGUGCCAGAACCCCCAGGUAAGAAGGGCAGAGGUCGACCAUCUAAAGGGGAUAACACGCUACCAGUGAAUGAACCUCCGAAUCCCAGGAAUGGGUUUGGAUAUGGCCAGGCGAUUGCUGCACCGGCUUGGGGGCUCCCACAGUCUCUCGCUGCAGUCAAUCCCCAUGCUCCAAGCUCCACUCCUGAUGGUGGACAGACUUCAAAUAUUGGUCCUACACAGAAUGCUCAAUCCGAAAAUGCACGGCCAGCGACACCAAUGAAGCAGCAGCCUGAAGUAGGCCAACCUGCUACCACAUCUACUAGCAAGAGAGGACGUGGCAGACCAAAAGGGUCAAGAAACAAGGGCAAGAGUGAUCCUCAGAACUCCACUGAGCCUGCUGGAUCUAGUAACAAUGAUGUCGGUUCUCAGAAUCAAGUGUCAACAGGGGAACAAGCGCACCAAUCUCCUGAAAUGCAAGGAGCAUCUGGGAAAGGUGCACAGUCAGAUGCUCCUGUUUCGAUGCAGACAACAGGAGACAAAACAGGAGGGGCAAAACAACCACAAGGUGGCUCAUACCAAGAACAAUCGUGGCAAAACAACUCGCAGAAGGUUCAGGCAGAACCGCCUUCAAACGUUACUCCUGCCCCGAUGGAUGAGCUUAGCCCAGAAGAACGUGCUGUUCUUGAGGCUUUCAGACAGCAUGAUGUGCCGGAUGCCAAUGCUACGACUCCCAAUCUUGCCCCAGCUAAAGGUCCUUUGGGAGUCGGGAUGAAGCGGAAACGGCCGCCUACAAAGCCUAAGAAUGGUCCCCCACCUCCAAAUCCUUCAUCGGAGCAGAUGCAAUCAACGCCAACCAUUAGCAGCGCUUUACCCCCCUCUAAUGAGGAGUCGAUGGAUAUAGCGAAGGAUGCUCUACAGUGGGCUUCUGUUGGUAACUCAACCUCAGCUGGGCCUGCAGCCAAACGUCAGCGCCAGCGAAAGCCAAAGACACCCGGUGUAAAUGAACCCCCGUCUCGAAACCAGACCGGCCCUGUAGGGAGCAGCGCCACUCCGCCUGUAGCACCUAGCACACUUCCCGAUUCCACAACCAAUUCCUCCCAGCAAAGCGUCCCAGUGUCUCGGCCACCUGCAGAGGGCCUUCAAGCACAUUAUGAGAGAUUUGCAGGUCUCCCACAGCAACUUCCACAACAAAAUGGUCGUAAUCACAUGCCUUCAAUUACACAACAACAGCAGCAGCAGCUCCUCCAGCAACAGAUACCAACAACGUCUGUACCAGCACAAUCACAGCAGAUGCCGGCACAGCAGAUGCAGCAGCAAAAGUCCCAGCAAGGCAGUCAGCGUGAAGAUCAAAAAGUAUCCCAAGGGACGUCGGCGAGGUCUUCAUCAACAGGAUUUUAUAACCAACGUAGUCAUGGAUCAACCUAUAAUCAGCAAUAUCCUUCUCACCAACCAUCGCAGCUCUAUAGCACGCAUCAGGCAUCUCCUCAAUUGAGCAACAGCAGCAAUAAUAGCAAUAGCUAUAGAACAACCAGCACCCAUACGAUGGCGCAAGCUUCCCCUCAAUUUUCCCAAACUGAAAGCAGCUAUAGGACCUCCAGUCCACAUACCAUCUCCCUACCAUCUCCAUCCUUCAACCAAUCCGAUAACAAUAACUUCAGAUCUGCUAGUGUACAUGGCAUUGCACAACCAUCUCCAACCUAUACCCAAGCAGAGAACAACUACAGAACAUCUAGCACUCAUUCAAUCACGCAGCCAUCAUCGUCAUUUUCUCGCGCGCACACUCAAACCCAACCAUCUCACCAAAACCACUAUAAUCACUUCGCCGACAACCCCUACGUGGAUCUCCCCACCCUCGAGUCCCUAGGACACGGCGGCAGUUCCAGUAACGCGGGCGUAAACAUGAACACCGGCGCCUACGGGCAGGGCAUCGGGGUAGGCCUCGGCGCUUCCUCCUCCAGCAGAUCCGGAAGCAACAGUUUGUACGGCAGCACGAGCUCGGGCUUGAAUAAUGCAUUUGACACGGGGACGACGACCGAUUUGCUCAGGGGGGUCUCGCGGCCACCAGCGGGAGGCAGUAAUGUUUAUGGCACGAGCUCAGGCUUGGGCAAUGCCUUUGAUCCAGGGACGGGCGAGCAGGAAAUGAGGGAGCGGCUGCUCAGGAAUAUAGGAGGGCGUCGUUGAGCAAUUCGAAUCCGGAUAAAUGAUACCACUUUUUUGAAAAUGGGAACAAUCGCUUGAUAUGGGCAGCAGGGUGGGCGGCGUCUACAGGAGUUUUCUUCUUAAUUGAUUGAGUCAAAUGUAAUGAUCGAGGAGUUUCUAGCAGGGGAUAAGCCCCCCCCGGGCAGUCAAGAUGCCACCAGUAUACGUUUUUUUUUCACAAGAAGGGAU